UGUGAGACACGGUGUUUCUGUAGGAGAACUGAUGGAUGAAUAUGAAGGAUUCAUCUAACUAGCUGAGACCAGUUUCUUCUUCUUUUUCAGCCUGAGAAGGAAUCCUGCUGCCCCAUCUUUAACGCCUAGUGCAUCCCUCCCUCGCUUCCUCUGCUAUUGGAGCACUGAGGGGAUGAAUGGGGAGGUGAUGGAGGGGAACCCGGUGCAAGAGCAGCAGCAGCAGCAGAAUGCCGGUAACACCUCCCACCUCCCUCCUCCUCCAACCAUCACACCAGCCAUUCCACCCUAUGUGAAGUUGGGUCUGACCAUUGCCUACACCAUCUUCUACUCACUGCUCUUUGCCUUCGUGUAUGCCCAGCUCUGGCUGGUGCUGCGGUACCGGCACAAGCGCUUCAGCUACCAGACGGCCUUCCUUUUCCUAUGUCUGCUGUGGGCCGCCCUGCGCGCCCUUCUCUUCUCCUUCUACUUCAGAGACUGUGUGACUGCCAAUGCACUUGGACCCUUUGCCUUCUGGCUGCUGUACUGCUUCCCUGUCUGCCUACAGUUCUUCACACUCAGUCUCAUGAACCUCUACUGUGCACAGGUUUACUUUAAGGCAAAAUCCAAGUACACACCAGCACUGCUGAAGUACAGGCUUCCUCUGUACCUGCUCUUCCUUUGCAUCAGUCUGAUUUUUCUGGUGGUUAACUUGGUCUGUGCCCUUAUGGUUAAGAUGACUGCUGCCGACGUGAAGACCAUCGUCCUGGUGAGGGUGACGAUUAACGACAGCUUGUUCGUACUCUGCGCCAUCUCACUGUCCAUCUGCCUCUACAAGGUGGCCAAGAUGUCACUGGCCAACAUCUACCUGGAGUCAAAGGGGACAUCUGUGUGUCAGGUGACUCUGAUCGGCAUCAUGGUGGUGUUGUUGUACGCGUCUCGAGCCUGUUACAACCUGGUGGUGCUCGCCCUCACUGACAUUGAGACUAUCAACUCCUUUGACUAUGACUGGUACAACGUCUCCGACCAGGCAGACUUGCGGUCCUCACUUGGGGACGCCGGUUACAUCGUGUUUGGGGUGAUUCUGUUCGUCUGGGAGCUGCUGCCCACCUCCCUGGUUGUGUUCUUCUUCAGAGUCAGACGGCCCCCUCAGGAUAGGAGCACCACUGGAAUCCCUAACCAUGUUCUGUCCUCCAGAGGAUAUUUCUUUGACAAUCCUCGGCGGUAUGACAGUGAUGACGACCUGGCAUGGAGCAUCCCCCCCCAGAAUGCCUCAGCGAGUCUUUCUUCGGACUGCUACGACUGGGGCAGCCGCCACAGCAGCUUCACUGUGCACACCAACAACGACGAACAGCGUCUGACCACUGCCGCCGGGGAGCUCCACCCUUACCCAUGACCCCUGCGGCUCACUUGUACAGCAUCACUCUGUACUGUGACACUGAUAUCACAUCGUGUUUGUUAUCAUCACUCACGUAAAGCUUUGUGGAGUCACUGUAGAAAAUGUAGACAAUAAAUAAGAAUGUUUGACAGGGUUCCUACUUGAAUCAGUUUUUCUCAGCUCUCUGAUGCUGUGAAUAACACAGUUAUUAUUAUCUGUCCUCAGGGCAGGCGCACUUUAAAAUAAGUUGGUACCACCUGACUUUAAGGUUCCCCAGCUAAUUUCAGAAAACAGCCCUACAAUAUCCAGUUUUUAGCUGUAAACAAAUAAUUACAUUUUUUCAUUAUGACUUCAAACUCCAUUCAUUAUUUGUCUGGUAACUCACCUUCAAGUUGAGUUAAGAAAGGAUGUUAAAGGACUUUUUACUGACCUGAUGAGAAACUGCAUUCAGCACGUCACCACUGAGAGGUAAAAAUACUUCUAAACGUGCAUCCACAGAAGUCUUAGUCAUUUAACUCACACUGUGCAGGAAGCCUGACUCAGAAUGGUGUUGCUUUGAAGAGAGUGUGAACAUGACGUGAUGAAUGUUUUAAGGAGUAUUUCAAUGACGAUUAUUCAGGUAGUGAGUUCAUUUUGAAAUAGUUCAUCCUUUUAUGAAGUCCAGCUUCUUUUCAUUUAGUCAUGUAAAGAGUUCCAUCAUGAUGCUGCAGACUCAGGUCCAGCUCUCCUGCUGCAACAACACAGGUCACUCGAUGACAAAGCAGAGUCAGCUGCCACGUGUAGGAAAUCCAUGUUGUUGUUUUGUAAAAUAUGGAGGCAUGGAAGUGUUAAACGGGAAAGCAGUGAGGACUGAGGCAUCAUGUUGGUACACUCGGAUUACUAACGGAGACAGAAUCCUGAAGCUAAACCCAGUCUCAGUCUCUUCAACAGUAUUUUAUGUUUUUUAUUGUAAAUUUGUGAGUGAGUUUUUGGAUGAAAAAAAACUAAAAGCAGUUUUUAAACAAAUACAAAUCAGAACCAUUAGAAGAGCUGCAUCAGUGAUCCAGUCCCCACACACUGAAUUAGUUCCACAUAUCAGCAUAACAUUAGCAAUGAGAAUCUCUCCAAAUGUGCUGGUUAAGUGAUGAUGUAAUAACCUGCCGGCGGUCCAAACAUCUGCUUCAUCUGCAGCUUUAAAGAAAAAAAAACUGCUUCAGUAAACAAUUUCUCUCGAGCCAAAUAAGAUCUCGGUAUGGACUCAAGGAUUAGGACCAGGACUUCAUCCACCACGCAGCAGCAUACCAAUUCAACCCGCAUCCCACAUCAGCACCAAGUUGGUAGAUCAGGUGUGUUGCUGCUCAGUCAGACAGUCUGGAGGGCUCGAGGGUUAAAAUGAUGUUUGAUGGCUGAACAAAAUUUGGGAUCAGUUUGGCAGUUUUCCCAUUUUAUAGGUUAAUUUGAAACAAAACCCAAGAGCACAUGUAUUCCACCCAAUCAGAUGUCACGCCCUUAAAGAUAAUCAUCCUCACUUCACAGUGGACCAUCCUUUUGUGCACUCGGUCCACUCAAACUUUUGUUUGUGGUCUACAGCUAUCUUUUGUCAGAUAGGAGAGAGAAGACAUUGCCAAAGCGGGCCAUCUACCCACCUAUAGUCAGGAUAAUGCCAUGAUUUGAAGGACCAUACUGAAACACUCCUGCAGUUAAAGCUUUCAGUCAUCCUGUACUUAAAUAACAAUCUUAAAUACAUCUAAAUAUACACUAUAUAGGUGGGUUGUGUGUGUGCACACAACCCACCUGAGUGCAGUGAAACUGUGUCUGUAAAAUGGAGCAAUGAUUGUUAAUUAGGUUGCUUUUAAGUGAUAGACAGCAACUGUUUGUGGUCCAAAACCUGUCAAUACUGCACAAGUGUUUGCCUUCUUCUCUCCCUCUCUCUGUUGAUUCAAGAAUUGUUUGUGUGUAAUCAGGUGCCACUGUGGUGCUUUGUUUCUGAAUAUGAGGCAGUAAAGUGGCGCAUGUGUGUGUGUGUGUGUGUCUUUGCUGACCUGAAAGAGUCAGCAUUUAGAGCAGACAUGGGGAUAAUGUGAGAGCUAUUCUGACUGACUGUGUUUCAUUUGUUUCCUGCACUGUUCUGAAGCCUGACCCUUCAAGGAUGGAGGAUGUACUGGUUUGCUUUAAUACUGUACAACAUCUCCAUACUGUACACACUGUUCUGUCAUUAAGUGACAUUUUGGUGUAUUCAGAGUCUUCAGUGUUGACGGUUGCUUUGGAUGGUUAACUGGUUAUAGGAGAUAUUUAUGAAAGCAAUAAUCCUUGACAAACUCCUCCUGAAGCCUUUUUUUAAAAAUUAAUUUUCUGACUUUGAGAAAACUGUGAAGAAGUCAGACAUUUGGGAAAGGUAUCGAUUUCAUCCACAGCCUGUAAAUAUCAGACAGUCACUCUCUGUGUUUAUAUCCAUGUCUUCAAGUCAUUUCACUUUGGGGUGAGGCUUCAUCACUUUCUGAAUAAUCAAAAGUGUAACUUUUUUUUAAAUGUUUUGCCAAAUAUUAGAUUAAAAGUUAAAAAAGUGAAAGGAAAAAACCCACAUGUAACAGUCAGUGAGGACCAUCAGUGGGUUCUGCUUUAAACUCUAUAUUUCUAACAGAUUUGUUGGUUUUCCAAGUUCUUUGUACAG